GGAACUCCCACGUUCGGAUUAUCGGGGACGCGUCCUGAGAUAUAUACCGCAAAGCGUCACCGACGUUCCCUCAGACUUCCAUUGUAACCACCAUCAUGACCACCUCCCUGGACCAGCUCAAGCAGACCGGCACCGUUGUCGUGUCCGACUCCGGUGACUUCGAGUCGAUCGAUGUCUACAAGCCCCAGGAUGCGACGACGAACCCGUCGCUGAUCUUGGCUGCUGCCAACAAGCCGGGAUAUGCCCGCCUUAUUGACAAUGCCGUAAAGUAUGGCAAGGAGAAGGGCAGCAAUCUUGAGGAGCAGACGAACGCGGCCAUGGACAGACUGCUGGUCGAGUUUGGAAAGGAGAUUCUCCAGAUCAUCCCUGGUCGUGUCUCGACAGAGGUUGACGCCCGCUUGUCAUUCGACAAGGAGGCCACCAAAGCCAAGGCGAAGGAGCUCAUCGCUCUCUACGACUCGGUCGGAAUCAAGAAGGAGCGCGUGCUGAUCAAGAUCGCCUCCACGUGGGAGGGUAUCCAGGCCGCCCGCGAGCUCGAGCGCGACGACGGCAUCCACUGCAACCUGACGCUGCUCUUCGGCUUCGCGCAGGCCGUCGCGUGCGCCGAGGCGGGCGUGACGCUCAUCUCGCCAUUCGUGGGGCGCAUUCUCGACUGGUACAAGAAGAACCAGCCGGGCAAGAACUACGAGGGUGACGAGGACCCCGGCGUGCAGAGCGUUAAGCGCAUCUUCAACUACUAUAAGCAGCACCACUACAAGACGAUCGUCAUGGGCGCGUCCUUCCGCAACAUAGGCGAGAUAAAGGCGCUUGCAGGUGUCGACUUCCUCACAAUCUCGCCGAGUCUUCUCGAGGAGCUCAAGAAGAGCACGGACCCCGUGCCCAAGAAGCUCGACUCGCAGAAGGCACUCCAGGCGGACCCCAUCCCCAAGGUCUCGUUCAUCAACAACGAGCCCGAGUUCAGGUGGGCGCUCCUCCAGGACCAGAUGGCAUUCGACAAGCUCCAUGAAGGUAUCAAGAAAUUCGCUGAGGACGGAGAGACCCUGAAGGAGCUCGUCAGGAAGAAGCUGCAGGCUUAGGUUGUUUGAGGCGUUGUAGAAUCGGGGAUUGUAGGCUGAAGAAAAAGAAGAGGUCAAUACAACUGUACUGGAAAAUAAUCACUGUUGCGAAUAGAUGUGUUUCUUCUCGUUCA